AUGAACGAUCCAGAAAGUUUAGCCCCCCUAUACAAAUAUGCCGCCAGUGUCCCGCUAAAGUGCGAGAGCGCCACAAAUGCGGAGACACCCAGAAAGGCACCAAGACGUCCGCGUGGGCCAACCGGCGCAUUUCUAUCCUACAAAACGUGCAUAGGGGCAACCUCAAUACCGCACCCACAAGUGGCACCACUUGCACCGCCGAUGGGAAGAGUAUGGAAUCGAGUUGAGCUUAGCGAUGGAUCUAAGCCUAAAGCAAUCAGCCCAGAAGAUCUCGCCAAGCUGGAGCUCCAAGAAAGAGCCCUUACAGAUGCUCUAACCCAGCGUAUUCAGUGGCAAAGGGCCAUGAUGGAGAGGAACUACAAGAGCAGGAUUCUGUCGGCAAGGCAUCUCGGCCCCCCAAGGAAUAAGCUGAAGCGUCCAAGCAGUGUAGAGGCAGCCCGCUUCACCACCCUGACCCAGGCGACCCAAAUGGUGGCCAGGGAGGCUUACAACGGGAUCCCAGAAGAUGAAAUUAAUCCUUAUGUGAAGAGGGCUAAGUUUUAUGAUUCUGAUUGA